GUCCUCUACCUUUUAAAACCCUAGUCAAUAGUUGGGACAAGUUUUUGACUCUCCUUCUUCGUUCUGUGCGGCGACGCUAGAGCUUUCAAUUUCAUGGAAGUCAACAACGGCGAAGCAAAUGCAAAGAUGGAAGCAGAACUCGUCCCUGACUGGACUGAGCUGACUUGGGAAUGCCUCAUCGAUAUAUUCUCACGGUUGGGCAUGGAACAAAGGUGGAAUGCACCUAUGUUGGUUUGCAAGACGUGGAGGGACGUGUGCAAUGACCCGUUGCUCAACUUGGUAUUCGAUCUUGAAACUUGGUUUCUAACUUCCACCGAAACAUGCAACCGGUGGAGUUUUGAAUUUUCGAAAAACAUCGACUCCAUGCUCAUGUCUGUUGUUGAACGAAGCAAGGGCUGUCUCAAAGAGAUUCGGGUGAGACACUGCACAGAUGAAUCUCUCUCGUAUGUCGCUGAUAGCUUGAAGAACCGGGUGAAGAAGAAGAAGAUCUUGGAUCAGAUUGUUUACGGUUGGGUCAAGUUUUUAAUGUUUGUCUGGUUUAAAAAAUUGGUUUUAUACUGGAUUUGUGUCGGUUUUAUUAGAUUUGGUUAAUAAACCGUUUAAACCAAAAAAAUUGGAGAAAUAGCAAUAGAACUAUCAAUUCGGGAAGAAAUAGUUGGAGCACUUAAGUUUGUGGGAGAUAUAAAACGAGAUCAAAGUUCGAUGUGAAUCUGGUACGAUAUGAUAGUUCCGAGGGGGAAAUAGGACGUCCUUCCUGAAUUUGAAAAUA